AUUAGAACAUUUAGAAGUACAGUAGGUCCAUGUGAAAAGCACUCCUGCUUCCUUCUCUCCCCAGAUCGUGUUCUGGAGAAGGCCAUGCACAAGUGCAUCCUCAAGCCCCUCAAACCGGUGGUGAGCGUAGCACUGCAAGAGUUCCAGGUGCGCAGUGGUGCAUGGCAGGAGCUGAAAGAAAACCUGUCAUUGGCUAAGGCCCAGCAGCCGCAGGAAAUGGGUGUGGCUGACACGCUGCCCCCAGACCGCGUGGCCAUAGAGAAGAUCAAGCUCAAGUUCCACACCAUGAGUAAACUGUACUCCCCUGAGAAGAAGGUCACUAUGCUGCUAAGAGUCUGCAAACUCAUCUACACCAUCAUGGAGGAAAAUUCAGGUCGGCUGUAUGGUGCUGAUGACUUCCUGCCCAUGCUGACCUAUGUGUUGGCCCAGUGCGACAUGCCCCAGCUGGACAAUGAGAUCCUUUACAUGAUGGAGCUGCUGGACCCCUCACUUCUCCAUGGAGAAGGUGGCUACUACCUGACUAGUGCCUAUGGAGCCAUGUCCCUGAUCAGAAACUUCCAGGAGGAGCAGGCAGCCAGAGUGCUGAGCUCUGAAACCAGGGACACACUUCACCAGUGGCACCGCCGACGCACCACCCAGCGCUCUGCUCCAUCUAUUGACGACUUCCAGAACUACCUGCGGGUGGCACUGCAGGAGCUGGACAGCGGCUGUACUGCCAAGACCCUACAGGUCCGACCGUAUGCCACUGUGGAGGAGGUGUGUCAGCUAUGUGCGCUAAAAUUUAAAGUGUCAGACCCUGAGAAGUACGGCUUGUUCCUGCUGUUGGAGGGCAGCAGCCAGCAGCUGGCACCAGACACCCACCCUCAGAAGAAGGCUGAGCUUCACAGCCACUCAGAACCGUCCUUCCACUUUGUCUUCCGCCGCUUGACCAACAGCAACACCUCAUCAUCAACUUCUUUCGAUCCUAUGCCCAACCUCAAUAACCUCAGUGUACCUCUGACCUCAAUAUGGACCUGUCAGCCCACUCCCCGCAACCCACUCUCAGUUUAG